UUAUGUUGUGUAUGUGGGCUUAUUUGGGCAGCUGGCAGCUAACAAGCGGCAGCUUAGUGUGUGUUUACAGUCAAGAAAGCAAAGCCAACUGCAGGCAAGGCCCAAGUGGUGUGGCAUUUACUGUCAAUAUAUCAGGAAAGAGAAAGAAGUGAUAAGGAGCGAUUGGGAGAAGGACUGGGAGGAAGUUGGAUAAUUUGCAAACUUUCUGGGCUGAACAAACAAUAUGCAUGGAAAAGGAAGCAUUUUUGAGGUGGAGCUGAAUAUACUGGGAUUGUUAUCCCUGCAGAAACAUCAGAAGGCUUUCUCUGGAGAAACACAGAGGAUCAGUUCGUACCAUGAAGCAACUCACUGAAGAAGCUAUAGAGCAAUACAUCCAGAGUAAGGUGGAUGUGAGGCACCGAGUGGUCUCCAAAAUUGUGGAUGAAGUGCAGAAAAUCAUACAGCGGUUAACCACAGAUAUUAGCAACAAGGAUCCCCGUUUCCAAGCAAUUUCCAACUCUGGCAUUCAUAAUGAGAACAUGAAGGAUCAGCCAGCCUUACUGGCCAAAUGGUCAUCUCUACUUCAGGGGAAGCGCCCCUUCCAUCCAUCCAUCCAGGUCUUAGCACCCAACCAGUUCCUCAUCACCAUCCCCUUGCUUGGCCUAUCUGGAUACAAAGAGGGCCAGAAACGACACUGGCGUUACUACACAGCACAUGGAGCCAGGCUCAUGUCUCCUGUCAGGGAUCCAGAGGAUCUGCAGCAGUGGCUGGAAGUUGAGCAGUUCUCCAAGAGCCUCCAACAAUGGCACGAGACGGAUGUGAACAUUGAGGGAGACCUUGUACCUGCUAGAGUCUUGGCUGUCUUCCGAGAGCUUGUGGAGAGAUCAAUUGUGUCUUGCAAUCUCAUGGACAAAAUCAACAUUUUAGAAGGCUUCAGCUCAGCGGUCCGUGUUGCUGUUGAGACAUCUGAUUACCAGGUGGAAGUUGAGCUGACUCCGACUAUUGAGAUCCCAACCUGUUGGCCCCAGAAAAUCAAGUGGCCCCGAUGCUUCAAACGCUGGCCUUGCCAGGAAAAAGUGCAAUGUGUUAAGUCCUUUGGUUUUGAUCUCUUGGCCGCUUCCAGUUACCAUUGGCACCUGAGUUUUUCACGAGCUGAACACAUUCUGAUGCAAGGACUUGAUGAGGACGGUGGUUGCCGGAUGACAUGCUUCCGGGUCAUGAGGCAGAUGAAAGAAGAUGUCUGGUGUACAGGAAACAAGCCGAUACUCACAUCUUUUCACCUGCAGAUGGUGCUUUUCUGGACCUGUGAGAAGUACCCUCAUUCCAAAGACUGGCGCUGCUUCCGCACAGGCUUCCUGCGGCUGGUCCAGAAGCUGCACAAGUGUGUGAGCCAGCACUUCCUGAAGCACUACUUCAUCAAGGGCACAAACCUGCUGAAAUAUGCCAAUACCAAUGAUCUGGAUGUAGUGGCAGGCAAACUGUCUGUUUUCUUGGAGAACCCUGUGCUUCCCCUCGACUGAGAGAGAUGGAGAAAGCAGCAUCCUAGCCAGGCUUAGUCUUGGUCCUUCAUCCCCCUCAUACGGCUAUC